CAGGAGUUCUUCCUGGUGGGCUUUCCCAUGGACCCUUCCUUCCAGUUCCUUGUCUUCUUCCUGGUGCUGGCCAACUACCUCAUCACCCUCACAGGGAACAGUGUCAUCAUCUUCAUCACCCUGUCUGACCAUCGCCUGCAGAGUCCCAUGUAUUUCUUCCUCCGGAACUUCUCCUUUGUGGAAAUUUGGUUCACCACCGUCACAGUGCCCAAACUUCUGGCCGGCUUCCUUGUCGGCAGCCACACCAUCAGUUUUGUGGGCUGCAUGGCUCAGUGUUACUUCUAUUUCCUCCUCGGGGCCACUGAGUUCUUGCUGUUGGGCGUCAUGUCCUUUGACCGUUACCAAGCUGUAUGUAACCCCUUGCGCUACCCGGCACUGAUGACUGGGAAGUUCUGCCUGAAGUUGGUGUGUGGGACAUGGGUGGCAGCCUUUUUCACCAUCCUUGGGCCUCUCAUCAUGGUCACUGGCCUUCCCUACUGUGACUCCAAUGUCAUCAACCAUUUCUUCUGCGACCGCACACCAUUGGUCAACUUGGCUUGCACUGAUACCGAAUGGGUGGAGAACAUCAACUUGGUGCUGGCCGGGGUUCUGAUCCUGGGCUCCUUGGUGCUGACGGUCAUCUCCUACUGUUUGAUCACCGUGGCUGUGCUCCGGAUCCCUUCUGCGCAAGGUCGGCGCAAGGCUUUCUCCACCUGCGCCUCCCACAUGAUGGUGGUCACCAUUGUCUAUGGCAGCCACAUCUUCAUGCAUGUCCGCACCACCCAUACCUACACAGAGAGGGUUGAUAAAGUGGUGGCCCUCAUGACCAGUGUGGUGGCCCCAUCGCUCAACCCCUUUAUCUACACCUUACGCAACGAGAAGGUUAAGGAAGCUCUCAGAGAUGCUGCAAAGAAGAGAGGGCUGUUUUUCACCAAAGAAGUCAAGGAAAAAAGGACAGACUUUCACAGUAUUGGAAUGAGAUGA